AUGAAUUUCAAUAUCCUAACACCACAACUCGAACGUGUCCCGGCCAUUGAUCAAAUAAUCCACGUGGCCAAUGGCAUAACAACAAAUAUAACGCGUAAUGUCUUUGGCAUUGCCAAUUCAACACUGAAACUAUUAAAUGGACCCACGGACGGUACACGUUCCGACACACAUGGCAACUCAAUGUCAUCGCUCAAUGAUAACAACGAGGACACAGUCACAAGUACCACCGCCCGCCACUGGCUACUGCACGAAGGUUACUUAGCCAACAGCAGCUAUGCUUUUCUAACCAACCUCUCGUACACAAGACCAAAUGUCUAUGUACCCGCCAGCACCCUACCAGCCAUCGAAGAUGAUGAAAUACGACUGGAACAUGCUCCUCAGCUCUCCAAAUCCGCCAUGAUAAAGGUUUACGUUUUAAGUUUGAUGGCCCUAUUUUCCCUGCUCGGCAAUGUUCUGACCAUGUGGAAUAUAUACAAGACCCGCAUGGCUCGUCGCAAUUCCCGACACAGUUGGAGUGCCAUCUAUUCGUUGAUAUUUCAUCUGUCGAUUGCAGAUGUUUUGGUGACGGGUUUCUGUAUCAUUGGAGAGGCAGCCUGGUGCUAUACGGUGCAGUGGUUGGCAAAUGAGCUGACCUGUAAAUUGGUGAAACUAUUUCAAAUGUUUAGCUUGUAUUUGUCGACAUAUGUGCUGGUACUGAUUGGCAUAGAUCGUUGGAUUGCAGUCAAAUAUCCGAUGAAGUCGUUGAAUAUGGCCAAGCGAUGUUAUCGUCUGCUGGGUGGUACCUACAUACUGUCGUUCCUGUUGAGUUUGCCACAGCUAGGAAAAAUGUUCCAACGCUAUUAA